AUGGCGACCCCGCCUCCCGAGGCUCCUCCUGUGCUUAAGGAGGAGAAGCCCCAGCUUCCUCCAUCUCCCACCGGAGUCACUGCGCCUGAUGUUGCGCCUGCCAAUGCGACUGCAGAUGUCAAAAUGGCCGGUACAGACACCCCGACUGAACACAACAACUCCAUAGUAAAUGGUAACGGUCAUGCGCCUGCUGCGUCUACAACAAACGGCACGGGUAGUGCUGCAUCUCCCCCCAAAUCUCCCGCACCUGCUUCCGAUGCCCCCACUGCUUCUGCGCCUGCUCAGCAGAACCCUGCCGAGCCCACCAUGGCCGACCAGAAUUCAUCCGAGGCAGUGACCCCGGCCCGAUCGCAGGCCCCCGAGUCGGUGAUUCCCGCCGUGAACUCCGAAGAUAAGGCUGGUUCCAACGAACCUGCCCCUACCCCGGCUGGCGGACCCGUCGCUACUUCAUUCGACGGAGCCAAUGAUAUCGAAAUGCAGAUUGAUGGCCCAUCAAAUGCGCCUGCACCACAGCCUUUGAAGACCGAGUUACCCCAUCAUCCUACUGCAGAGAGUGCGACACCAUCCCUGCCACCCAUCCAGACCGAUUAUGAAAUGAAGGAUGCCUCCAGUGCACCGCUCUCUCCAUCCAAAGCCUCUCGCGAACGCUCCGAAGACCCUGCAGAGGAACCUGCGGCCAAGCGUACCAAGGUGGCCAGCGAGAACGGAACCCCUGCUGUCAAGCUCCCGGAAGGUCCCAAGCCUGCCGCCCAGUCUGGCGUCACUAAGUUACAACACAAGUUUCUCACAAAGUGCAUAUCAAGCUUGAAGCGUAUGCAUGAUUCGCGUUUCUAUCGUGAACCCGUGGAUCCCAUCAAGCUGAACAUUCCGAACUACCUUCAUGUCAUCACCAAGCCCAUGGAUUUGGGUACCAUCGAGAGAAAGCUUAAGGCCAACGUGUACUCUUCCCCAAAAGCAUUCGAAGAUGACUUUGCUUUGAUGGUUGAUAACUCUUUGCGCUUCAAUGGUCCGGACCACCUGGUCACUCAAGAGGGCCAGAAGCUUAAGAUCACUUUGGAUAAGCAGAUGGUUAAUCUUCCUAAACCCGAUGAGGUGGAGGAAAAGAAGCCCAAGAAGAGUUCGGAGAAGACUUCGGCUGCGCGACGGGAGCCUCGCACGUCGCUUGGCAGCCAGCCUCCCAAGGCAACCUCACCCCAGAGUGCCACCACCACUUUUGCGCUGGGCCCCGAAGGUUUGCCCACCAUUCGUCGCGAUUCGUUCAACCCUGAUGGUCGGCCCAAGCGAUCCAUCCACCCUCCUAAGCGAGACCUGCCGUAUUCUACCAAGCCCAAGAAGAAGAAGUACCAGUGGGAGUUGCGAUUUUGCCAGGAGGUUCUCGAUGAGCUCCACAAGCCAAAGUAUCAGCUCAUUGCGAUCGCUUUCUACUACCCUGUGGACCCCGUUGCUCUCAACAUUCCAACCUACCAUAACGUGAUUAAGAAGCCGAUGGAUUUGAUGACCAUCCAGUCUAAGCUCAAGACCGGCCAAUAUGAGAAUGCUAAGGAGUUUGAGCAAGAUAUCCGCCUGAUGUUCAAGAACUGUUGGCGUUUCAACCUCAAGGGCGACCCGACCUACGUGGCCGGUGAGAGCCUGUCGGAGGUUUUCGAUAAGAAGUGGAAAGAAUUGCCGACGUACCUGGAGAAGCACGAGCCCCAGCAUGAGCAAGAAGUCGAUUCCGAUGAAGAGGAAAGUGACGAAGACGUGGAAGAGAGCGACAACGAGGACAAUGAGAAACUCAGCUUACUGCAGAAGCAGAUCGCAGAGAUGUCCCGCCAGGUGGAGAUGAUCACCCAGAAAAAGAAGAAGACUCCCCCCGCCAAGAAGCUUAGCAAAUCGAAGUCGGGCAAGAAGGAGAUCAAGAAGAGCAGCAGUACUAUCGGCAAGAAGGACAAGAAGAGCAGCAGCAAGGGCUACAAGGAUAAGGCCCGCUUUGUGACCUAUCACGAAAAGCAGAUUAUCUCCAACGGCAUCAGUAGCCUUCCCGACAAGAAGAUGCACGAGGCGCUCGGAAUUAUCCAGAGCAACGUUCCUGCUCUUAAGGGUACCCAAGAAGCCGAGAUCGAGCUCGACAUUGAUGAGCUGCCAAACAACGUCCUGUUGUUGCUUCUUGAUUUUGUGAAGAAGAACGUGCCCCACAUCAUGGAUGAUGAGGACACCACUCCAGCUGCCGGUUACGCGGCCCCCAAGCCCAAGAAAAACAAGCCCAUGAGCAGCAACGAGCAAGAGGCCCGGAUCAACACCCUCCAGAGCAAUCUUUCCCGGUUCGCCGAUGGAGGUGCUCCGGUUCCCUCGGUUGAGAACAACGAGUCCAGCGAGGAUGAGUCGGACGAGGAUUCUGAGGAGAGCGAGGAGGAGUAA